AUGAAGUUAUUUUACAUUCCCCUAUUGUACUUAGUAUUCAACAUAACAUUGACAAGGGCUGACAAAAAAACUUUCGCUGCCUCGAUGGAAAAUUGUCGCAAAGAAUUUCCAAUAACAAAAGAUGAAAUGAAACAAUUUGUCGAAGACAAAAAUGUUCAAUUUAGUGAAAAUUUCAAAUGUCACAUCAAAUGCAUAUUGGAAAAGGAAAAUAUUUUGAAAAAGGGUAUGCUGAUAGUCGAUGCAUUUCUAAAGUAUUCUCUGGAAUUGCAAUCGCUAAAAAAUCAUGAAGCUGAGGUGCGUAAAGCAAUUGAAGAAUGUAAGAAUGAUAAGGGUACCGAUGAUUGUGAAACGAGUUUUAUGUUGGCAAAAUGUCUGCAUGGAUAUCAUACAUUGAGGGUGCAAUAA